AUGGUUGCAAUCAAACUAAUGCAGCAGAUCUUGGUCAGGUUCGCGAGCUUACCUCAGCAAAGCCUGCAGUGGAAAAUUGUCCACUGUUUUGAAGAGUUGCCGUUACCAGAUACUGACUUGAUGGCGGUCAACCCUAGCCAGGGAGAACCAUGGGCUUUGCCCCCAGUGUUAUUAUACAAGCAUCAUCUGGAUCUCUGCCGUUUCAAGACCCAAAAAGACCUUUCCUAUGUCAAGGUUCUGCAAUCACUGCGAAAUAUUAUUUUUGGGCCCAGCAGCUUCGAUACCGCUGACAUCGCAGUACACGCAACUCUAUCACCUGUAGAGGACGAGGUCCUUGGAAGCCUACAAACUGAAGACGUGUCGGCCAACGUUCCAGACGCUUCUCAGGGAACAUGCAACUGGAUAUUACAGCAUGACGCUUACAAGUCCUGGUUGGAGACGCCCUCGCAGCAGUUUCUAUGGAUCACUGGGAAGGCAGGUAGUGGUAAGAGCACUAUGAUGAAGUAUAUCGUUCAGCAUCAUCGUCUGCAACAAGUGUCGAGCCAAGUCGUUGCACACUAUUUCUUCCGCUUUGGAACAAAUCAGUCUGUGACAAGCCUUUUAAGUUCACUCUUGUAUCAGCUCUUAAGGGCAACCCCGGCCAUGCGAACCUUCGACAUAUUCUCCAGAUUCAUUGAGAAGAGAGAGUAUGGAGGCUCCGACAACACAUGGGAUAAUGAUAUUCUAACAGAAAGCUUAAUGAGAUUGGCCGACAAAUCAACAGCACUAGGAGAUUCAGUAUUCGUCUUUGUUGAUGGUUUGGAUGAGUGCGAUGACCAUGACACGGUUGUUGCCUUUCUUCAACGCCUUAACACCUCCAGCCCUAGUUCCCGAAUUCGAAUCUGUAUUUCCUCUCGGCCAGGCAACUCCUUCAUGCCAGUGGUAGAGAUCCAGAUGGAGAAAAACAAUUCAUCCGAUAUACAGACAUAUCUUUGGGAAAGACUGUUGGCUUUGAAGGAUCACCUACCCCCUGCGUUGGACGUUGCAAAAACAACCCAGACCCUGACAGAGAAGGCACAAGGGAUGUUUCUUUGGGCGUCGCUUAUGGUAUCGCACUUGAGUAGCGAUAGGUGCCUGGAGGCACUCAAGACUGAAAAGCACUUUACACCAUGGCUUCCAACAGACCUGGAGGCAGCAUAUGAGACGAUCCUAAGACGACUAUGGGGUUGGAAUGACAAAAUUCGCCGUAAGGCUACGCAGGAUGCGCUUAUUCUCGUGCUAUGCGCUCAGCGAGAGCUUUCGCUACUCGAGUUACAGAGUGCCCUAGCCACAACGCAAACGUAUUGGGGGGCAUCGAACGAAAUAUACGACAAACAGGAGAAGGCUCCCCUAAACAUGACCGCUCAACUCAUGACCCUCGGUGGCGGUCUUCUUGAGCUCACGCCUUGGGCCUCCAAAUCGACAAACGACAUGUCAUCCGAUGUAAAACCGACAGUACAUUUCAUCCAUUCAACCGUUGGGAGGUUCUUGCUAGAAAGGGCUUCGUGUGCUCUAGGAUACGAUGAUUGCUAUUUCGACUUGACUUGUUCAAAAGUGCCUCAGGAUUUCCGAGAACUCCAAUUGCCGGAGGCGCGAAGGAGAAAAGAACGCAGUGCACAAUACCACCUUCGGGUCGCUUGGAUCUGCCUCACGUAUGUCAAUGCACUAGGUACACGCUUCCACUUCCUGGAAGACAAGGUUCCAACAUCGUCAGCGCCCUUCCUAGCAUAUUCACUAUCGUUCGGCAUGCUACAUCUAAGUCUGGCUGACCAGAUGGGCGUAACUCCCGUGACAGAAAACAUGUGGCAGCUUCCACCGUUUCAAAAGGAGUUUAUUGCUCAAUGGUGCUCGCUGCAUGGCCAGAUAUUCAAAGACCAGAUGCUGUUUAAGCCACACAAGACCAAGGCAGUACACAUCAUGUCGUACUAUGGCUUUCCAUGGCAUGAUUCCGGUGUUUGGGGUUCGAAAAUCACAGACAUCAAUGAUGAAGAUCAUUAUGGGCGUACCCCGUUGUCUCUAGCAGCGGCCAUGGGUCAUCUGGACAUAUGCGAAAUCUUGAUUCUCGAGGGUGCCGAUAUGAGUCAUCGAGAGCAUGUAUAUGGUCAAACUCCAUUGAGUUUUGCCGUGGCACAUGGCCAUCAGAGUAUUGUUGAACUCCUACUUCGCAAGGGAUCCGAUUAUGAAGAUCACAUUAGUGGUGUUACUCCGUUGUGGCUGGCAUGCCGCAGAAGUAAUUUGACUAUCGCGAAGCGGCUGCUAGAGGCAGGCGCAAAUCCCAAUGCUACUAGCACAUAUACCGGCGAAUCAUGCUUGUCUCGUGCUGCCACUUUUGGACGCAUUAGUGUCACUCAUCUUCUUCUAGACCAUGGUGCCAAAGUGGACACGUGUGACAAAACUGGAUGGACUGCGCUUCAUCACGCCGUAAGCCGUGGUCGAAAGAAGACAAUUGAGGUUUUGCUCAGUUAUCUCGACUUUCGCCAACUACGCCAACUCAUAGUCAGUUUCUCCAAGGGGACGUCCAAAGGCUCUUGGGUGACCGCUGUUUUGAGUGCUAUUGUACUUUCUGUAUGUCGUCAGCGAGGCGGUGAGUCUCAGACGACUUCAGCUUGUAAUCGAAACACCCAGAGACCCAUCGGGACUGCCGGUAGGAGAUUCUCAAAGAAGCCGCCCCUCAACGGGCUUAAGCGUAAGCUAGAAGGAGAGUCAGAUGAAGAUGACUACGAAGAGGGCGAAGAAGAACACAUGUCAAGAAGAGCCAUAAUCGUGCAACCGGUUGGCGGCGAUGUCACAACUGUCAACGGCGAUUUCUACGGGACGAUAUCAGGGGCCAUGCAUCGUGCCGAAGAUCUUCAUACGCGGUUCUUGCGUCCUAGUAAUAGCUCCGAGGAGAGUUGCUGGAAAAACCUGUUCAGAAUGUUGUUUCCCGACUGGCCCGAAAACGAGGAUGUUCCUAGUCCAUAUCAUGAGGAUAAACUCCACCUUCUCUCGACACAUUAUGGACAGGCUAUUCAACAGCACUGCGACAUGAUAAUGGCCCCGAACACGAUUUCUCGCAUCAUGACCUGCCAAAGCGAGGACGAAGUACGACUGAUUCUGGGACAGCUUGUUGGGGACCUGGGAAGUAAUUCUGGCCUCACUCUGACAACGACUGAACCUAUGCCUGUUGUGCUUUCGCAGCAGCUGAUGGUCGGUUCCCAAGCCCUGGGACCCCUUACAUUCAGACCUCCACCAGAGCAAUUAUUCCUCGCACCACCAGGUAACUUUAACAACGGAAACCGAUCUACAUUCUCCCACUCCACUGAUUUAAUUUCCGAUGCAAACUCCAGCCAGCAUUUUCAGAGCUACAUUUCCACCGACAUGUUCACAGAUGGCACGGCACCCUCGGACCAAAUGUCAACAAAUCUUGACUGGCCCGGGACUUAUAAUAAUGAAGAUGGCAGCGGAAACCUGUCACAACCUCAACAACAAAUGCCUCCAGCGCCUCAGCCAUCGACCAACAACAUCAACUACAAUCUCGGGUACGAUGUCCCAGUAGUAAACCAAAGCAUAAACCCAGCAAAUUCCUUGGUCUACAUAACGUACGGUUCUCGAAAUCCCUCCUCCUAUACAGUCGAGGGUUUGGAGCAGAGUGAUCCCCAACCAGGGGGUUGUGAUGGGGAAGAAAACAGCGGGUCUGCCUCUUAG